AUGAUGGAAUUGUAUUCACGCCAAGUAGAUCGAGUAUCUGAUCACGUGACGGACAAUCUAUCGCUUGCCGAAUGCGACGAGACGAUGAGCGAACCGGUCAUCCGCUGCCUCCCAUAUUGUCGCCGUUUCCUGUUCGCAUUCCAUCCUCCCUACAAUACCGUUGUAAUUCUCAAGAACAAGUCGGUAUCGCACAAUCAGAUUAAGCCUUAUUCGAAAAGCACUACUACCUGAAUAUCGUCUCCUCCACAGCAUACAAAUCGCCCUCCGACUCAGCCAUGCGUUUCUCAAUCAUCGCCCUCCUCGCCUUUUUCGCUUUCGUCCUGGCAGUGCCUCCUACUCAGAAACCUGUGGUAGUGUCAUAUCCAGCCGAUACUCCUUCGUCUGUGAUCGAUCAAGCCAUUGCGGAGAUUAUCAAAGAUGGAGGAAUCAUCACGCAUGAAUACUCUUUGAUCAAAGGCUUUGCAGCCAAGGUCGCUGAAGCCACGCUUGAGAAGAUCACCACAUUGGCGGAUACAUAUGCGCCGCAGAUUGAGGAGGAUUAUGUUGUCCGGAUUGACGGCUCGACUGACUCACAAGAUCAGUAACUGUCGUGACAUGUGAGGCAUGAAUAGCGAAGCCAAGGAGAAUGGACUUAUAGCCGAACGACAAACGGCACAUGAUCGAAAGGCUGCCCGGCUGGGAUGAAUGGCGUUGCAGGCGCUCGGAGUUACAUGUAUCGGACGGACUGCGCAUUUAGAAAAUGAAAAUGCUCCUGAAAUACAAUUUGCCAUGCUCAACCUGCUGUGUCAUAUGAACGUUCCUUGAAUGAGGUAUUCCCUUGUACGAACGGACUAUCAUAUA